CAGUCCAAGACAGAUUUGCCGCAGGCCCGUAUGAACCCGACCGCUUACUCCCGAGGACCGACAAAGUUCCGUCUUUGCUUGCCUCCUUUCCAUCUUUUCCAUGCUCAUCCAGCUCACGGCGUUGACCUUCCUCCACAACCGUCUUAUCCGCCACCAUGUUGCGAAGCUCUGUCUAUAGAGCCGGCACUCGGGUGCUUCACACCUCAAAACCUACAAGCUCAUCAUCAUGCUUCUCUACCAUCGCGUCGCGAACUUCGACGAGGAAGCUCGCGGCUGCCCGUCGCCCCCUGGCCUUGACCAGCCAACGUCACUAUGCGAGCGCGACCGACAAUGCCCCGAACCCCAACGAUAACUUCCUGUCCGGCAACACUGCCAACUACAUUGAUGAGAUGUACAUGCAGUGGAAGCAAGACCCCAAGAGCGUCCACGUCUCAUGGCAGGUCUACUUCAAGAACAUGGAGAACGGCGACAUGCCCAUCGCCCAGGCCUUCACUCCUCCCCCUUCUCUGGUUCCUGGAGCCAUUGGUGGCGUCCCAGCACUCGGUGCUGGCCUCGGCCAGGGCUCUGAGAUCACAAACCAUCUCAAGGUUCAGCUUUUGGUGCGCGCCUACCAAGCUCGAGGCCACCACAAGGCCAAUAUCGACCCCCUGGGGAUCCGAAACGAGUCUCAGGGCUUCGGUAACAUCAAGCCCAAGGAACUGACUCUCGAGCACUACCAAUUUUCCGAGAAGGACCUCGAUGCCGAGUAUGAGCUUGGACCUGGCAUUCUGCCUCGCUUCAAGAAGGAAGGCCGCGAGAAGAUGACUCUCCGCGAAAUCAUUGAUGCUUGCGAGAAGAUUUACUGCGGUUCCUACGGCAUUGAGUUCAUCCACAUUCCCGACAGAGAGAAGUGCGACUGGUUGCGCGAGCGAAUCGAGGUCCCCCAAGCCUUCAAGUACUCCAUCGACGAAAAGCGCCGCAUCCUCGAUCGUCUCAUCUGGAGUUCCAGCUUCGAAUCCUUCCUUGCCACGAAAUACCCCAAUGACAAGCGUUUCGGCCUCGAGGGCUGCGAGACUCUCGUUCCCGGUAUGAAGGCCUUGAUCGAUCGUAGCGUCGACUACGGCGUCAAGGAUAUUGUCAUCGGCAUGCCUCACCGUGGUCGCCUGAACGUUCUGAGCAACGUUGUAAGAAAGCCCAACGAGUCUAUCUUCAGCGAGUUCGCCGGAACUGCCGGCGCCGAGGACGAGGGCUCUGGUGACGUCAAGUACCAUCUUGGUAUGAACUUCGAGCGCCCUACGCCCUCCGGCAAGCGCGUCCAGCUCUCUCUUGUCGCCAACCCUUCUCACUUGGAGGCCGAAGACCCCGUUGUGCUCGGCAAGACUCGCGCUAUCCAGCACUACAACAAUGAUGAGAAGACGCAUCGCACUGCCAUGGGCGUUCUGCUCCACGGUGAUGCUGCCUUCGCCGCGCAAGGUGUUGUCUACGAAUGUCUUGGAUUCCACUCUCUGCCCGCCUUCUCUACUGGCGGUACGAUUCACCUCGUCGUCAACAACCAAAUUGGCUUCACCACCGAUCCCCGUUUUGCCCGCUCCACGGCUUACUGCACCGACAUCGCCAAGGCCAUCGAUGCGCCUGUCUUCCACGUCAACGCCGAUGAUGUCGAGGCUGUCAACUUCGUGUGCCAGAUGGCUGCCGACUGGCGUGCUGAGUUCCAGCAGGAUGUCAUUGUCGACCUUGUUUGCUACAGAAAGCACGGUCACAACGAGACCGACCAGCCCUCCUUCACCCAGCCUCUCAUGUACAAGCGCAUCCAGGACCACGAGUCUCAGAUUGCCAUUUACGUCAACAAGCUUCUCGAGGAUGGCAGCUUCACCAAGGAGGAUAUUGAGGAGCACAAGCAGUGGGUGUGGGGUAUGCUGGAGGAGAGUUUCUCCAAGUCCAAGGAAUACCAACCCACCUCCAAGGAAUGGACCACCUCUGCGUGGAACGGCUUCAAGUCUCCCAAGGAGCUUGCGACUGAGGUCCUUCCUCACAACGAGACAAGCGUGGACGGCCAGACCUUGAACCACCUCGGUGAGGUCAUCGGCAGCACCCCCGAGGGCUUCCAGCCUCACCGCAACCUCAAGCGCAUCUUGUCUAACAGGACCAAGUCUGUUGUCGAGGGCAAGAACAUUGACUUCCCCACUGCUGAAGCCCUUGCGUUCGGUUCCCUUGUCACUGAGGGUCACCACGUUCGUGUUUCCGGUCAGGAUGUUGAGCGUGGAACUUUCUCUCAGCGCCAUGCUGUCUUCCACGAUCAGGAGACCGAAGACACCCACACUCCUCUUCAGCACGUCAGCAAGGACCAGGGCAAGUUUGUCAUCUCCAACUCCUCCUUGAGCGAGUUUGGCGCCCUCGGUUUCGAGUACGGCUACUCGCUGUCUUCUCCCAAUGCUCUCGUCAUGUGGGAGGCCCAGUUCGGUGAUUUCGCCAACAACGCGCAGUGCAUCAUCGAUCAAUUCAUUGCUUCCGGUGAGGCCAAGUGGAUGCAGAGAACUGGUCUUGUCGUGUCCCUGCCUCACGGAUACGACGGCCAGGGUCCGGAGCAUUCUUCCGGUCGUCUCGAGAGAUGGCUGCAGCUGAGCAACGAGGACCCUCGCGUCUUCCCCUCCCCCGAGAAGCUGGACCGCCAGCACCAGGACUGCAACAUGCAGGUCGCAUACAUGACCAGCCCUUCCAACUUGUUCCACGUCCUUCGCAGACAGAUGCAUCGUCAAUUCCGCAAGCCUCUCAUUAUUUUCUUCUCCAAGGCUCUGCUCCGCCACCCCUUGGCUCGUUCCAACAUUGAGGAGUUCUCUGGAGACUCUCACUUCCGCUGGAUCAUCCCCGACCCGGAGCAUGAGACUGGUGUCAUCAAGCCCAAGGAGGAGAUUGAGCGCGUUAUUCUCUGCUCUGGCCAGGUCUGGGCUACUCUGUCCAAGUACCGCGCCGACAACAAGAUCGACAACGUCGCGUUCACCCGUAUCGAGCAGCUGAACCCCUUCCCCUGGCAACAACUGAAGGAGAACCUCGACCAGUACCCCAACGCCAAGACCAUUGUCUACUGCCAAGAGGAGCCCCUGAACGCCGGUGCCUGGAGUUUCGUCCAGCCCCGCCUCGAGACUCUGCUCAACAACACUGAGCACCACGACCGCAAGCAUGUCAUGUACGCUGGCCGUGGCCCUAGUGCAUCUGUUGCCGCUGGUAACAAGGGUCUGCACAACAAGGAGGAGCAAGAGUUCCUGGAGAUGGCUUUCUCUGUGAAGCAGGACAAGCUGAAGGGCGAGUAAACAUUGCUUAAAAUCAAACAGACAAGACAUAGCGGGUGAAUGGGAAGAGCCUAAGGACAGGCACGGGCAGGAUCAGAUUAGUGGGAGCGACGCCUUCCUUGUACAAUUGUAAAAUAUACCUCUGAGUAAUACCACAGACGUCUCCAUGGUGGAGAGAUUGUGCCAUUACAAAAGUCAGGUAGGAAGGCACGGAAGAAGACCUGGCUGGUAAAAGGUACAUGCCGUCAGAAAACAGCCUCUGAUACUUGAUGUUAGAAUCCAGUUCAUUUGUUCAAGCAAUGCAAUCAUUUCCCAUACUGGUGAUCAUGAAGCCGUGUGGCAAGGCCGGUCAAGAAGACAUUACCGAUCUGGCGCAGUUUGACGUUACA